GCCACGUGACUGUGUCACGUGGUCAGGAUGCAGUUCGGCUCUCCUGGCUGUCGGUCUAGCUGUCAGUGCGUGUGUGAGUGCAGCAGGUGGCCAUGGCUGCAGAUGUGACUGUGUCCGAAGACACUUUAACGAGUAGUCUGACUCUGCUGGUCAACUUGGGCCAAGUCCUUCUACAGAACGCCAAGCAGGAGGCAGAAGACUCGCUGGAGACUUUUGUCCCUUACAAGAUCACCACUUUACUCGGCCUGAUCACAGCCGGGGCGCAGUUUUACAAAAGCCUUGGAGUGAAAAACAGGAGCGAGGCGGAGGCCAUUUGGCAGAAGUCUUAUCACCGAGCAGCAGUGCGAGAGCGGGUGGAGGAGCUCCUGCAGCUGGAGAGCGAGUGGGACUCCUUCCUGGACAGUGUGGACAAACGUCUACAGACGACAGAUGGACAGCAGUCAGGAGGAAAGAUGGCCGACAGCCUGAGCCCUGAUACUCCUCUCACUGACGGACGGAGUGGAAAGAGUGUGACUCUGGGUCAGUAUCUGGAUCAGGGUCAGAAGCUGCUGCUGGUUCUCAUCAGACAUUUCGGAUGACUGCCGUGACGAGACCACGUGGCUGAACUGGAGGCCAGUCGGGCUGUCCUCGAGGCUCGGUCACUGCGGGUCUUGGUCGUUUCUUUCGGCGGCGUGGAGGGAGCUCAGCUGUGGCUGGAGCAGACUGGAUGUACCUUCAACAUGGUGUUGGAUCCACCGAGGAAGAUAUACAGAAGUUUUGGCCUCGGCUCGUCCUACUCCAAGGUGAUGAAGUUCGGCUGCCUGCUGCGGUACUCGGAGUACGGGGCUGUGGACAGAGACUUCCCCGACGUGCCCUCUCGUCUGCUGGAAGACAUCUACCAGAUGGGAGGUGACUUUGUGCUGGAUGAAGCGGGGAAAGUCCUUUUUUGUCACCCGUGUGAAAACCCUCUGGACAGGCCGACCGCGAAAGACAUCCUGCAGGCCGUGGAGCCAUCCAAGCUGUGAGACUUUACGCAGGCUCAGAGUCUGAGGCUCUUCGGGGGGUUUUAAACGCAUCGCUGACACCACAGAAGAAGAGCGGCUCUUUGACUCGCGUUCAUGACGUCACGUCUUGCACUCAUGACACCAUGAAGAGACGUAACCGAUGCCGAACCUUGAUGCAAAGACAGCUGUUCUUCUUUGCUGUGUCAGCGAUGUGUCAGUGGGAGCUUUUUUAAAUGAGCGCUUGUGUGUGCAGACACGAAAGUAAUUUAACUCUAAAAGUCACGAUGAUUUGCUGUUCAGACUUCACUGUGACGCAGUGAGGGGUAGCCUGUACAAUUUAAACACUUCCUGCUUCAUGAAGCUUGUUUGUUUCCAUGUGGCCACGAAGCGAAGAGAAAUCUUUGCUGUUGCAGUCCUCAUUUGAAAUGUCAUCUUUUAAUGUGUUGUAAUGUAAUUUUUAGAUGAAACUGAGAUUUUAGAGUAGAAGAAAAGAUAAAACUGCUGCUACAGAUCAAAUCUCUCAUAGAUAAAACGCUGUAGUUUGUCAUGAACUGUGAGCUUUUUGAUGUUUAAAUCGCUCAGGAUUUCUGAUGACUACAGACUGAAACGUGUCUGUAUGUCAUGUACCAAAUGUACCAAAUGCUGGUGCUGCUCAGAUUUGGAAUUUUGUUCUCUUGUUAGUGAUCAGAUUGUUCCUGAUUAAAUGUUUUUUGAAAUGGCUGA